CGGGGCGCUCGGAGAAGAUGGCGGACGGGGCGGGUAGCAACGGGGACGCCGCGGCCUUGCCGGUGGGGAAGGAGGCAGAAUUGGCAUAGUCUGCAAUGGAUUUUCUUGGGCUGUGAAUUAUCAGAGUUGUGUUUCUGUGGCUGCCCAUCCCUUAACAUUGGACUGUUCUUAUUCGCUAGUGUACUAAAGGUGUAAAAUGCCUAUUGGCCCCUGCUCACUCUACAGUUGAUCGUAUGAUCAGAGAGAACAGCCACAUUUUCACAGACGCUCAAUGUAAAGUGUGCAGCGCAGUGCUCAUCUCAGAGUCCCAGAAGCUUGCUCAUUACCAGAGCAAAAAACAUGCAAACAAAGUGCGGCGGUACAUGUCGAUUCACGGCGAGGAGGAGCUCCGUCAGGGGAAGAAGAUAAAGCUGGAAACCAAGCAGGAGAGCAGCAAUGGAGAAGACAGGAACAAAUGCUGCCCCAUCUGUAACAUGACCUUUUCCUCUCCCGUUGUGGCCAUGUCUCACUACUUAGGCAAGACUCAUGCCAAGAACCUGAAGCUGAAGCAGCAGUCCCCCAGAGUGGAAGUAACGAUGCCUCCACAGAAAUGCCCAGCUAACUUCCCUCCUUCUGCUGUAUCUUCCAACGAGGAGAACCAGAACACUUCUGACCCAGACAAGUUCUGCAGCCUCUGCCAUGCCACUUUCAACAAUCCGCUCAUGGCAAAACAGCAUUACGUAGGCAAAAAACACAGAAAGCAAGAGACCAAACUCAAGCUGAUGGCACACUAUGGUCGUACUUCUGACGCACCUGCAUCCUCCUCCAUGGCUGGGAAGGGGUACCCCUGCAACACAUGUAAUAUAGUACUGAAUUCCAUAGAGCAGUACCAAGCUCACAUCAGCGGCUUCAAACACAAGAAUCAGAUGCCAGGAGCAGUGCCCAGCGUAGGACGGUUCCCAAGGCAGCAGUAUGUUCGGGAGGAGUCCACUGCCCCUGGGGGCUACAGUUACUUCAGCCAGGACUUCUAGAGCAAUCUGCAGCCUUGUUCUUGGAGCUGUCAGGGGCCCAAGAACGAGCAUUCUUUGCCAGCCCACAGUGGCUUCAUUAUCCCUCUGGAUAAGCAAAGCCGUUCCCUCCCGUGUGCGCCUGUCGAUCAGCCCCAGGGCUGGACGUCUCUUUGAUGAAGGAUCCAGCAGAAGCAGACAUUGGACAGCAGGACCUCGCUCCCCAAGAGCGGUUCUCAUUGUGCAGUCUCUUCCUGUGUGGCUGGUGGGGCGAGGAUGUGUCUGGUACAGGCAGGGUCCAACAGCCGCAGACAGCCUGUCUCAAGGACACCUCCUCCCUCACCUAGAACAAACAGCAUGGAAUUCCUGCAUCCGAUGAGCCAACACCCUGUGCCAGGGGGUAUCUGUCACCGAAGGAAGGCUCCUGGCUCUCCUAGGGCAAAUGGCUAGGAGGUGAGGUGUGGAUUGGACGCUUCGCUACACCGACAGAUUAGCCUUGCCCAGGCUUAGACUGGGAAAUCCUAGAGCCAUGUUUCUUCCUGCCCCCCUCCCCCAGUUGGGUUUGUGCACAAAGUUUCUUGGUCCGCUGACUGCCAGUAGGGUUUUUCUGUCGUUCUGCAGAUGUUGGUUCUGGAGUGUCAGAUUUAGUGGUCUCUUUCCAUAGCUACUAUGUCUGGCAUACAAAACCUGCUGCUAAAACAGGGAGCUGGCAGGGCCCUCGAAGAAGUAGAAAGUACAAGCUGCUGGGUCUCCAGAGAACUCUCAGGACCCCAUUGGCCUCCACUCCUGGCGCUUUUCACUUGAAAGGAAGGAAACUUUCAAACCCUCCUUGCACAAGUUUCUUUUACGUCAAACGUUCAUGUCCGUCUGGUAGAGGAAAUGGUUGAGUCAGGUGUUCUUCAUUCAAAACCUAAAGAUGGUAGCAAAUCUUGAUGUGGUGCUAGCAAGGCUGAGCUCCUUGGGAGAAUGCUCCCAGACUCGGUAGAGGAGACCCCCGAAGGAAGGGCUAAGGCGGCUUUGAAUCUCAGAUCACAUUUGUGUGGUAUUUUUUCCUUCAAUUGAGGUAUUUUCCUUUUGGUCUCUGCUAAGCUGCUGCACAGAGCUGCACACUCCCAGCUGGGCUGUCCACGUGUUCUGUCUGACAUCCCUUCCCUAUACCAGGCCUUGGCAAGCCCCCGUCUGGCUGUCCUCCCUCAUCUCAUCUCUCGUGAGGCUUGUGUUGGAUCCUGGGGCUUCCCACAUCUUGUGCAGGUCUGUCGUGCUGCUGACGUCCAUUUCUCUACAGGAGGGAGACGUGCCCAGCCUCUGCGAUGCAUUUGGACAGUGACUUCCAGGGCCGAUGGGCGGGAGUGUUACAGCUGUGGAUGCUGUAUGUAUGCCAAGGCUGGGGGGAGUGAUGGUUGGGCUAGAGGCGUUACUGCUUUGUGGAGGCACCGCUUCUCAGGUGGUUGGGAUUAAGAAUCCAGGCCAUUGACUUUCUCCCUGAGCCCUGUGUGAAGCAGCUCACGUUGGCAUAAGACUGGGAGCUGGCCUGGGCUCCAAGGCAUAUCCAAGGUGACCAGCACCAGGGAAGUGAACACACAAAGCAAGGGGACCACCUUGGAUGCUAAUCUCUGAGCUAGCACCUUCCCCGCCCCCAAUCCAGGCUGUAGCUCUCCUCGGCAGCCUAACCUGCGUUCACACUAGAAUAGGCGGCUGCCGCUCUGCCUAGCGCUUCCCAGUCCUGCCGUACUCGGGCGCCUGUAGGCUGCUUAGUGUCCCAAAGAGCCCGUCCAAACGUCAGACUCGCUAAUGAGCAGUAAACACUAACAGACUGAAGGAAACACUGUGCAUUGUGCACACUCCCAUACUGUGCUGCUUUCUAGCUAGCUCUAGUCUCAUUGUGCCAGUUUCCAGAGUGCCUGGCGGCAGGCAGGCACUGCGCGUUAUCACCAGCAUCACGGGAGCAGUGUGCGGCUCUGCUCCCGCCCAGUCUGGGAUACAACUCACUGCCAGUGCUGCCUCGUCGGAUAGUCAGUGUCUACGUAGCUGCUGUUUCCCCAGGAUAAGCUCUCAAUAGAGUGUUACUGUUUGUG